GCAGUUACAGUGCUUUUGGAAAAAGGAUGAAUCUCUUCUCGCAGACAGUGAUGUGCAGAUAUUUCAAUGAAUGAACGGUCGGCUGACUGCAAAAGGGAGCAGGAGGAUAUUCCUCUGGGAAUGAAGCGCCUCCCCUUUAAUCGCUCGGCUGAGUUUCUCUCCGAGCUGUAGUCCUCUCUUCACUCGCACAUUUGCCUUCAGUCGUUAGAGGAACUCCGGCGGAUUUAAGUGCUCUCUUGUUUCUGUUUCAGAAAAGCUGCCGUUUUUUCUUUAAUCUUGUCCUUUUGCGGAUUAAACAAAGUGCGAGCGAGUGGAAGGUUUUUUUUUCACUUUUCUGUGCCUUUUCAUUGUUAUCGACAUGAAGAAACGCGGAAUAAAGCGUUCAAAGUGGCUCAAGGACUGAAGAGGGUUGCCUCCUGCUCUCACUCCACCACACACCAGCACGUUUGGAAGCAGAGCUGCAAUGGCCAAGUGGCUGAAAGACUACCUGAGCUUUGGUAGCAGGAAGGUGCCUCCACAGCCGCCCACACCAGACUACACAGAGAGCGAGAUCCUUAAAGCCUACCGGCUCCAGAGGGACCUGGACUUCGAGGAUCCCUACGAGGACUUAGAAAACAGGUCCAGGGGCGACUCUGUGACUUCUGACCCCGCUACACCUGUGUAUGGCUCUCCCAUGAAGUCAUCCAGCGUGGAUGGAAAAUCUCCCAAACACAGACUGAUCAAAGUGGACUCCCAGGAGCUGGGGCGUACCAAGAUCCUCCUCAGUGCCGUCUCUUUAGAGGACCAGCAAGAGCCAGUGGUGCCAUCUGCUCCGUUGGCAGGCGACACAGAUUAUUCUGACCCGUUCGAUGUUCGCUUGGACCACCGGUCAGAACCAGAUCUCACACCUGUUCCCUGCGAGAACAAUGGCUACAUGGAACCGUAUGAGGCCCAAAGGGUCAUAACGGAGCUGCAGCGUGGUCCAGGUGGAGGAGGAGGGGGCGGACGGUCACGGGGUGGGGUGCAGCUCUACGACACCCCCUAUGAAGAUGAGCGAGGCCAUGGGCGCCUGGGACUGUUGUACGGAGAACCUCAGGAAGAGGGCAAGGAAAGCAGCAGGCUGCCGCAAGAUGAUGAGAGACCGGCUGAUGAGUAUGACCAGCCAUGGGAAUGGAAAAAGGAUCACAUCUCCAAAGCUUUUGCAGAAAUGAGGGAGUUGUCGGAGUUGCCCUGGCCUGCCCCAGUGGGUCAGCUGGAGGAGGAGCCUCCCGUCAGAGAGCAAGUGCAGUUUGAUGGCGCGGAGUGGGACCGCUCCUCGUCGCCCACUGAGCGGUUGCGUCCUCCGGGGCCCAGGUCCAGCCCGCUGGCCGGAGGGGGAAUGAAGUUUCGAAUGCCGCAGGAUGCCCUCGCCAUGGUUGGGGAGAGAGUGGACCCUACGCUGCCACUGGAGAAGCAGGUAUGGUACCACGGUUCACUGUCGCGUUCAGAGGCAGAGUCGCUGCUAAUGCUGUGUAAAGAGUGUAGCUACCUGGUGAGAAACAGUCAGACCAACCGCUCUGACUACUCCCUGUCCUUACGGAGCUGCCAGGGUUUCAUGCACAUGAAGUUCACCCAAUACAAAGAUGGCAAGUACGUGCUGGGACAGAACAGCCCUCCCUUUGACACCAUCCCAGAAGUUGUCCACUUCUACACCACACACAAACUCCCGAUCCGAGGGGCCGAGCAUCUGUCUCUGCUGUUCCCCGUCCUGGUGCAGACACUCUGACGCUCCUCCUGAACUUCCAGGACGUCAUUGUGAUCGGACACGUAAAACUUGAAUGUUUUAAUGGGAUUGUCCCAGCAGAGAGCCAGUUCUCUCUUCUUGUUGGACUGGACUACUUGAUGAUUCUACACACCAGGAGCUAAUGUCCUCUCCCACCGCUGCUGUAGGCCCCUGUGCCAAGCGUCUCUAACAUCCGGGGAAUCGAUUCACAUGAAAUGCAAUACCUGAACUUAAGGCUACCUUUGUUGUACUCCUCUCUCUCAUCUCGCUGGCUGAACCGAAGGGGCUGACUUCAGGACAUGUAAAAUUCUCCCUUUCUUUAUUACAUUUCUUACAUAGCUGACUGAAAUGAAGAGGAAGUUAGCAGAGCUGUACCUGGGAGAAAGUCUGUAUAUUAUGAAUGUACUGAUGCUCCAGGAGACAUGCAGGAGGUUUAGAUUGAAUUACUGCUGUUUCAUAAAAAACACCUCAUUGACACCGGUAAACUAAUAUUGCUGUUGUUAGGUGAAAACCUUGCUAGUCAUAGUUUGCAGAUUUUUCAUUUUUAUAUGAAUCAAUAAAUUAAAUUGUACUGUAUAAGAUUAGAAACCAUUUUCAUCCUCUGGCUUGGGAGCCCCACUUUUUUUUUCAAUUAAAAACACAAAAAACAAUACUAUUUUUAAAGAUAUAAGGUUAUUUACCAACAACAGUUAUAUUUUAUGUGCUUUUCUACACAAAACCAUUCUUGCUCAUAUUUGCUCAGUCGGUUGCCAUGCUGCUGUACUUCGAGGAUCUGCUUGACACAUCUCCGUUAUUUGAUUGUUCAUCAACAGAAACUUGUGUUUUAUUUGUACUUGUGUUGACCUUGCUGACCUGUAUUUGUUGUUGGUGGCUUACAUUGCAUUUGGUAGACAAUGCUGGGUUUGU